AAAAAAAAAAAAAAAUGUCUCUACGAAACCUGCAUUUGAGCCUCUCGUUGGCUUUCCUCUUCAGCUUCUUUAUAAUGAAGAGCUGCGCCGUUUCUGAAGAUGGUUCUGAUGACGUGUGUUUGGAUGAAACAAGAAAUCCUGAAGUGAAUUUCGCUUCUAAGACUCCCUAUAGUUUCAUUAGCGGGAACAUCCACGCGGAAGUAUUGGCCUUGGAAAGGUCUGGGUGCCGGGUGCGCUCCGUGUGGAUGAUGGCUCGACACGGCAGCCGCCACCCCACAGAUAUUGAUAGCUCCGUCAUGAGGAAUUACCUGCCGCUGCUCAGGGAGAAGAUUCUGAAAGCCCACGAGCUGGGAUCAGGGUCCUUGUGCCAGAAGGCCAUCGAUCUCCUGAAGCAGUGGACUGGCGGGGAAUUUUCUUAUAGCCGGCGAAUGCAGCUUUUUGAAACCGGGAGGAACGAGAUGGAGGAGCUGGGCGUCAGGAUGCGUGCCGCCCUUCCCCAUUUCUUCACGGAGGAUGCUCUGAAUCGCAGGAUUUCGAUAUGGUCCACGAAUACCAGUCGAACCACAGAGACCGCAAAGGCUUUCCUGAAGGGUUUCUCUCCUUCACAAGAUCUGCAGAAGAAUAUCACAGUCAAGACGCGUGAUAAGAUCCUAGAGUUUCCAGAGACAUGUUAUAAAUACAACAAAAUAAUCUUACAAGGCAAGCAUAUACCAGCCUUCUUGGAGUUCCUGAAAGGGCCUGAGGUCAAGAGUGUUGUCAACAGAGUGUCUAAGCGCAUUGCUGUCCCAGCCGACAAACGUAUGUUAGGAUGCGUGCUUAUCAUGUACAAUGCCUGCCGUUAUUACAAAGUGAUGGAGCCGCAGAAACAAUCCGUUUGGUGCGCUGUCUUCAGUACAGAAGAUUUAGAGGUCUUGGAAUAUGGGGAGGAUCUUUUCCUAUAUCAUGAUCAUGGUUAUGCUUUCAAUAUAACUUACGAACAAGCUUGCCCUGUUGUGAAGGACGUAAUUCAGCUUUUCAGGGACCAGAAUGAAAGCAGCGCGUUUUAUUUCACACACAUAGAAACUGUGAUGAAGGUCAUGACCCGCUUCGGUCUCUUCAACGACAGCGCCCCCCUCGGCCCCCGCCAGAGGGAUUCCGGCCGUCGGUGGCGGACAUCGAACUUCGGGGGUUUCGGGAGCAACAUCGCCUUCCUGUUGAGCCAGUGCCAGGGCGAAGGAUGGACCGUCAACACCUACAUAAACGAGAGGAAGACCCACCUGCCGAAGUGCGCGUUUCCGAAAGGGUGUCCGUGGCUUCGUUUUCUGCAGCUGUAUGGCCAGUAUGAGGAUUGUCAGUUCGACGUCUUGUGCGAAAAUGGAAACGCCGGUGUUGACUGGCAACCGGACCCGUGGCGGCUCUUGAGACAAUGGAACUUUUUGAAAGAACUGUAGCUUUUUGUAUUUUUGUUUGUGUGGAUGGUAACUGGUUACUGGUUAAAA